AUGCCUUCGAGCAGUAUCCCUUUCCCAGGCAACGGCAUCUCGCAUUCACCUCCAGUCUUACCUGUACCAAGACAACCUUCUCCACUUUCGUUCUCUUCCAUCAGUGGUGAUGGACCACCUUCACCUCCAACUCCCGCAUCAUCGUUCUUAGGAGCAGGCGAAUCCAUAUCCUCGACAACAUCAUCGUACAGAGCUCCUCUUUUAUCAAGCUCACUGGUAACACCUACGUUCUCCAAUGAGCCAAUCAUGACUUCUCCUGCUUCUGGACCUUCUUUAUCUUCCCCAUCAAAUCUAACAUCACCCUCGCAUGCUUCUUCGUCAAAGCCAACUACGUUAGUUCCGGUACGACCAUCAUCUGAUUCAUUAUUGUUGCGUUCGACAUUCUCCGCGUUAGAACAUUCAACCUCAACACUCAAACGGUUAUCCAAAUCAGUCCUUACCUCCGCUUGGGUUGUAGCAGCUCUAGCUGAACAACUGGAAAGAGCAGAAGAAGAUCUCUUUUCAGCUUUGGGCGAUUUGGGUCGAUGGUUGGAGAACGGAUAUGGCCUUCAAGCAAAAGGGAGCGUCUGGGAUCCAGAAGGUGGAAUCAAGAAAGUCAAUAAAGAGAAACGAAGGAGAGAAAGGGAAGAAAGAGAAGUUUGGGUUGAACAUGGUUUAAAAGCUGUUAAAGCAGAAUUGAAAAGACAAGGAUUAGCGGGUGGUGGGGCUCAAAGUAGAUUUGACCAAACUGCUAAACAAUUCUAUCAUCAAACUUCCGUAUAUCUUUCCCCUCAAACAGCUUCAACACCAUCUGUAGCUGGUCCAUCAACGCAACCACACUUCAGCUCCAGUAAUUACGCUGCUUCCUCCACAUCUACGUAUGAACAAAUUCCGACUGCUCCCUCUGAUAUGGCUCAAGCGAUUCGUCAUGCUCAAUGGGAUCUAGCCAGGUAUAAUCAUCAUUCAACUCUGUUAUAUGCCGUUCCUCCGAGCUCUAUAGGGUGUCUUGAUUUACUCGUCGGGCUGUAUGGAUGGGUUGGAGGUUUACUAGGUGAGAGUCAAGGUAGAAAGGAGACGGACGAUAGGGAUACAUCGAAUGCACCUGCAUUACGCCAAAGAGCCAAAACCACACCACCAAGCGAAAAGUUACCGUCAAUCGACCAUUCCGUUCGACUCAUAACCCAUUCUUCAACUUCAUCGUCUAGUAAAGAACACCUUAAAUCUACCUUAUCAGUUUCUUUGACACAACUUGCAAACAUACGCUCCGAGCUGCUUCAAGUUUGGGCAGAAAGGAACUAUCAAACGCAGUUACUCGAAGAUGAGAUAAUUCAACGACAAGGUGAAUUAGGAGUUUCAUCUCCCGAAGAAAUCACAUCUUCCAGGUUUAGUGAGAUACACGGAGGACAUAACGCUAUGACACCAGUAUCAUCAGCUGGUAUAGAGCAUAAGAAAGGAAAGAAAAUGCACAAGGUCCAUCGAUCCGUUGGAGGCAGAUUAAGAGAUUUCCUGAACCCUUCUAUGAGCUCUAAUAAUUUGGCUGCUAUGCAAGCUGGAGUAGGAACAGGGUCUGGGUCAAAUGAAAGGGUUUCAAGAAUGAGCUUAGAUGGUGGAUACGGAAGAGGAGAGUUGAGUGCACCUGCACCAAUACGACGAAAGACUACAGAAGAAUCUAUAACUACACCAACUCAACCUUCAACUGAAAAACUACCCACCAAUCCUCAAACAAGUACACCCAAAUUACCUCUAAGUUUUGAAACGCCCCCGCUUCCGCCUACGGUCCCACCGAAAGAAAACUCUCCGAGACCUAGAUUACCUUCACGCCAUAGUGUUCAAAUGCCCACAGGAGUAGAUUACGUUUCGCCGUUCAUCGCAUCGAACCAAUAUCCUGUACCUAUAAUACCGUUUGACGCUUCACCCGAUUUGCGAUCAUCAGGCCUAAGGGAGCAAUUACCAAGACAUAGUAUUGAUGGUGGCCGACCAUCUGUAGGAGGUGUCGGGGGACUAGGCGCUGGAGGUGAUGAAGAUGAAAGGCGAGAAGAAGCUGGAAGAAAGAAAGAAGGGGUUUUAUGGGGCUUGGGAAGCUGGGAAGGGUUAAAUAAGGGAGGUGGAGGGAAAGGUAAAUGGGAAAAGUUCUGGGUUGUCUUGGAUCAUUCCAGAAUUUACGAGUAUCGAGACAACAAGAGCGGUGCAUUGGAAGGAGCACAUGCCAUGAUUGAUCUCAAAUUUGCCAGUGUCAGAGAAGUCUUCGAGAUCGUCACUCCCUCUCAAGGCAAGAGGUUAUAUCAAGCUACAUCAGAGUCUGAGAUGAAGCUAUGGCUGUACGCAAUCUGCAAUGCAAUCGAAUCGUGCAUCAACGGUACUUCGUCUGUACGAACAUUUGACGCAUCAAAAUUACGCACUGUGUCUGGGUCUUUGGACGAUCAUGCGUUACCUGCUAGGGGUAAAUUAGGAUUGGGAUUCAAUAGUCGUGCCAUUGGAUUAGGAUUCCCAAUACCACCUAAUGGUAGAAGGUCCAUGCCACCAACACCAACAGAACAAACAACACCUGAUCACCCAUUCUCGCUAGAAAAAAGAACUAGGAAGACAAGUUUGAAGAAAGUGCUGAAACAAUCUAGUGAAAUGUUAUCUAACGUCGUCAACGGAAACGGGAGUAACAGAAACUCACUCGGUGGUGGUGGUUAUGGUGGUGCACUGGAUUUACCAAGAAAUGUGUUUGGUAAAGCAGGCAGUAGAACAAGUUUACCUUUAUCCUCAACACCUGAGAUUGAUAUCAAUAAAUAUGAUAACGAUAUGCCACCUCCACCUGUACCGACUUCCUCCAGACCGAAAUCAAAGAUAAAUACCGAAUCAUUGUCGCAUGGGAAAGAUACGGGAAUCGGGAUAGGGGAUAAGGCAAUAGCAGGGACUUGGGUAGAUGGUGAUAUUGAAAAACGUGUACUUGAAAUGGCAGGAUUAGGCUUAGGUCUUGGAAUGGGAUCAGGUGAUGAUCACUUACCACGAAAUCAUCCUUCGGAUAGUCCUAACAGUAUCAAAAGGAGAGUGAAAUCUGAAGCUAUAAGGAAAACUCCAACCCAUCCAUCAAGAGCAGGUUAUGCGAAUCUAUCUGAAGGCGGAGGAGAAGCUAUCAAUCGAUCGAAAUCCCAUGAUGACCGAAACUUGGAUUUUCAACCGGAAUCGGACUCCACUUCUACACUUGAUAUGAAAGAGCUCAGAAGGAUAGCAGGUUUAGAAAGUAAUUCGAAAUGUGCGGAUUGCGGUAAGAACAUGAAAAGUAGUAGAUGGGCUACUAUAAGCCUGAGAGACAAUCCAAUGGUCAUGUUUAUCUGUAUAAGAUGUUGUGGUAUACAUCGAUCACUAGGUACACAUAUAUCGAAACCUCGUUCGGUAGAUCUAGAUUCAUGGACACCUGAGAUGAUUUCUCUAGCUAAAGAUUGGGGCAAUUCGCGUUGCAAUGAAUUGUGGGAGAAGUCAUGGGAAGGUGGAAGAGUUACAGAUGAUCAAAUAACAGAUUUCAUAAAAGCAAAAUAUGUUCAAGGUCGUUGGUUAUCUGAUCAGGAUAAGAUCCAAUUCGGUCUCAAAGUGAAUCAACGCGAUAAUGGUGGUAAUGAUAAUGAUAUUCAGGAACCUGUAGGAACGGCCAUAUGA